AUGGACCCCACCGAAGUCAGUCGUCUCCGAUUCUGUCGUUUUAUUCGAUCUUUCCAAUGCGAAACUGUUCCUUGCGACCUUUUUGUUCGCGCAUGCGGACCCAAGUCGACUUGGUCAUCAAGUGGAGAGGUAGUUCAGAGGCUACCAUCAGAGGCCGGGGUUCCAGAAUGGCUUAUCGAUUUCUACAACACCAACAAACAUCUUUUCCAUGAUGCCGACCAUGGGGCACAUAUCGAAGGCCUGGAGAUCAUGAUUGAGAACGGUGUUCCAUACUUCGAGGUGGCGACAGCAAGCGAGCCCGAAACUGAGUUCUGUCAGCUUUCAUCAAUCGCAGAUGAACGCUCCAUGGCCCAAGCGCGCAUCGAUGUUUUCCUACAAGCCUUCCCUUCCAUUAACAUUGAGAUCAUUGGAGAAGAAAUUGUUGAGAGGUUGAUGGAUGUCGCCAAGGGAUCUAUCCUGCCCUUGCUCUCAUGCGUCACCGACGCAGAUAUAAAAGACUGGCUGUUUACGAAGAACCACUGCGAUUUGGAAUCGUACACUUUCUCCUUCUUUGAGUUCCUGUAUCAGGUUAUUGGUAUCUUGGGAGUUGAGCACCCUCUCCUCCCGUUAUCAUUACCAGAGCGAAUAUUGAAUACCGUCCCUCACGACCCGGAAAAUGACAGGAUCGUCAACCUUUGCAAGGUUGCAGAUAUGGUGAAGCAUUUCAAAGAUAAUGGCCCAGUUUUACUGGACUACAAACCAUUGUCCCCUGGAACGAAAACUGACCAAAGAAGUCACGCCACACUUGGAUAUUUUUUAUCACUGCAAAAUAUUUAUUUCGCUGAAGCCCUAAAGACUUGGCAACCUCUACUCUCCAAAAGUCCAUCUCAGAUGGAGUACUUGGCAGCGAUCAGCUUCUGCGACCAGUCGCGCCUAGCUUUGUCUGCUGAGAGGCCAGCGUUUCUUACAUUGGAUACCAGGGUUCUGGAAGGCCUCUUGCGUUCACGACGAAAGCAACAUGACCAAGCAGCGAAGGCUUUGGAGGUGACUAGGGUCGAAGUCGUCUCCCAGUAUGGACUAUGUUCCAUGCAGGUCGGAAUAGUCACGGCUGAGCUCGCUAAUUGCUAUAAUAUCCUCCGUCGAGAGGAACUGGCAGAGUUGGCUUUGAGCAGAUGCCUCGAACUACGACUGGAUGCAGAUCUCUCCAAUCGAUGCGAUGGGAUAUAUAUCCGGCUGGCGCUGGCUGAUUCUCUUAUAGGCCAGGCUAAAUACCACGAGGCCGUGCCAGUACUCGAGAGCGUCAUGGGUAACCCCAAUAUUUCAGCAACCUUUCGAAUGAUGAGCGUACUUCGUCUAACAAAGUCACGACGUAGGAUGCAUGACGAUGCACAGAAGGCUUUUGAACAAAACAGUCCCUUGUGGACAGGCUUCGCACUACUUAGCAACGUCUCAGAAAUUCUUGUGAUGGAAUAUGUCGAAGAACUGGGAUGCAGCAUUUCAGAGUUACCUAGACGACAGCUGGGACCCUCAAAAAAUGCAAAAAGGCUCAUGGAAGCUGUUAACUCCGCACUGUAUCGACUGAGUUCUCUUACGGAAAGCCCAUGCUGGAAAUGGUACAGGAAUGUCCAAAAAGAGUAUUUAGCACAGGUUGAACAGGACACAAAGGUCACGAAAGGUAAAGGAAAGGACGAGGGUCUGCAGAGCGAAUAUGAGAAUGAAUUGAGGACUCCUCUUCCCAGACCUUUCCCAACCUUCCUCCUUCGCCAGAUGACGAAACGUCCAAUGACGAGGGGCCUUGUUGGUACAGGUUCUCGUGCUAUCUCUGGUCUUUUCAUUUUGAAGCACAUUAUGCACAAAAUCAGGGAGCUUGAGUUCUGUCACGAGGAUGGUAUAGCUUACUCAAGUAGCUCAAGUUCAUACACCAGACAUGAAUAUGGUAUGCCGAGGAUACUAGAAGAUUCAGCCCGGGUUGAUAAAUUUCUCCCUUGUCACUACUUCGACUACAUGGCUGGGACAUCGACUGCUAGUCUCAACAGCAUCAUGUUAGGAAGACUGCGCAUGUCGGUAGAUCAAGCUAUUGAUAAUUUUAUCGAUUUCAGUAAUGAUGUUCUUGGGCAACCCCUAUCGUUCAAUACAAUAUUACCCGUAAGACAAUUUUCAUCGACCAAGGCCCUCGAGGCUUUCCAGAAGAUCCUCAUGAAAAGCAAUUUAUUUGCAAAUGAGGACGUUUCAGAGCUCAGACACGCUGCCAAAAAUGAGACAUUCAGAGAGAACGGAGGACGCCGCACUCGAACUAUGACCGUUUCUUAUAAUAUGUCGACCGGAAGGGAGCACAUCUGGACAAGUUACGAUGCCCCCCAUAGAAAGAUAUCUGGAGGCUACUCAGCUACAAUUCGGGAAGUUGCGUUGGCCACCUCUGCCACUCCUCUUUAUUUCAGGCCAAUCAAGAUUGACGUUAACACGCACUGGGACGGAAGAUUGGCGAAGAAUCAUACUUCAUACCUGGCCCUUGUAGAGAUAGCCAGGGUUCACAGAAAGUAUCCAGCUGUUUCUGUCGAUCUUUCGUCGGGACCAGCUAUGAAACCCGAGGCCAGGCGAAAGCUGGAGAUCCUAGCCAAAACCUUAACUUGGACUCAUUUCCCUCCGACGCCCCUGAAGCAGAGAGUCUCGGAUAUUGGCAAGUUUCUGCAAUAUUCUAGAACAGAGUCUUCCCCUGAGAGCGAGCCCAACCAAUUCCGAGAGCUUGCUGAGAGUAUGGGGCUUGAAAAGGCUUACACACUAAGCACUGAAGAAGUUUUGCCCAAACCCUAUCCAACUAGCUUGAGACCAGCUAGUGAGGUGAAAGAAUCUCUACAACAGAUCAAAUUCAUCACUGAAAACUAUCUACGCAAGGAUGAGAUAAGAGAUGUCAUCAACCGCAUUGCAGGAGAGGCAGUCCGAAUUCGACGCGCAAGAGCACAUGCAAAUGAAGAACAAUGGGAGAACUUUGUCAAGUAA